AUGCGACGAGUUGUCGUGACAGGUCUCGGCGCUAUUUCGCCUUUUGGUGUUGGCGUGCGCACUACAUGGAAUCGUCUGUUGGCCGGAGAGUCGGGCAUCACCAGCGUGGCUAACUUUGAGCCACAAACCCGCUGGAAGGAUCUGACGAGCACAGUUGCUGGUGUAGUUCCCAGCGAUGCUUCUAACCCCCAGCAGUGGCGACCUUCUGACUGGCUCAAUGCUACCGAGCAACGCCGCAUGUCAAAGUUUGCCCAGUAUGCGGUGGCCUGUGCAGACAUGGCCAUGAAUGAUGCCGGGUGGAAGCCGGAAAGCCAAGAGGACCUGGAAGCCACAGGUGUCUGUCUGGGCAGCGGCAUAGGGAACCUCGAGGAGAUUUACGAGACAAGUCUAGCAUUCAACCAGCAAGGCUACAAAAAGGUUUCGCCACUGUUCGUGCCCAAGAUCCUUAUCAACUUGGCCGCCGGUCACAUCUCGAUGAAAUAUGGCUUGCAGGGUCCUAACCACGCUGCCACGACUGCCUGCACCACUGGAGCGCACUCUAUUGGCGAUGCCAUGCGAUUCAUUGCCUUUGGUGACGCUGAUGUUAUGGUUGCUGGCGGUACGGAGUCCUGCAUCCAUCCUUUGACCUUCGCUGGUUUUGGGAGGGCAAGGUCCCUCUCCACGGCCUACAACGAUUACCCCUCCGCCAGCUGUCGUCCCUUCGACCGCGACCGCAACGGUUUCGUCGUCUCGGAGGGAGCGGCAGUUCUGGUCUUGGAGGAACUCGAGCAUGCCAAGGCCCGGGGUGCCCACAUCUACGCUGAAGUAAGAGGCUACGGUUGUAGUGGCGACGCCAACCACAUGACGGCUCCGCGAGAGGACGGCCGUGGAGCCUUCCGCGCCAUGAAGCUUGCCCUCAAGCAUGCUGGCAUCCGGCCGGCCGAGGUAGGUUACAUCAACGCCCACGCUACGGGAACGCAAGUGGGCGAUGUGGCAGAAGCCUCUGCGAUUCGAAGUAUUAUGACGGGCGAGGAGGGACACGCAAACGAGUCGCAGGUGACUGUGAGCAGCACAAAGGGCGCCGUAGGUCAUCUUUUAGGAGCGGCUGGCGCCAUCGAGGCCUUGUUUACCGUUUUAUCCGUGGCGCAGGUGAGUCCAGGUUGCGGCUGUUAG